AGAGACUCAGAGGUGUGUGUGUGUGAGGUGUGUGAGUCUCAGGUGUGUGUGAGGUGUGUGAGGUCUGAGCCCCGGGGUUAGGUAUAUAAGAGCCCCAGUCUCCCAGCAGUGCCUAUGUUGAGGAGCAGAGAGAGAGAAGAGCCACCAUGAAGAGUUUGAUCAUCGUCCUAGCUUUGGCCGUCAUGUCUGAGGCGCUCCACAGGGUGCCUCUGGUGAAGGUGAAGUCCAUGAGGCAGAAGCUGAUGGAGAAGGGUGUGAAGGUUCCCUACACUGACCCCGCCCUCAAGUACCAGUCCCCUGAGAUCCUGGCCACCUCCACCAUCGACCCCAUGAGCAACUACAUGGACGUGAGUUACUACGGCGCCAUCUCCAUCGGCACGCCUCCCCAGUCCUUCCAGGUGCUCUUCGACACCGGCUCCUCCAACCUGUGGGUGGACUCCGUGUACUGCAACACCCAGGCCUGCACCAGCCACACCCAGUUUAACCCCCAGCAGUCCUCCACCUGGACCACUUCUGGUCAGACCUUCUAUCUGCCCUACGGAGCCGGCAGCCUGUCUGGGCAGUUUGGCUACGACACCGUCAACCUCGCUGGCAUCGUCAUCUCCAACCAGGAAGUCGGUAUCAGCACCAACGAGCCGGGUCAGAACUUCGUGGUGGCCCACUUCGAUGGGAUCCUGGGUCUGGCUUACCCCACCAUCUCCGCCGGACAGCAGUCUCCCGUCGUGGACACUAUGAUGCAACAGGGCCUCCUGCAGGCCAACAUGUUCUCCUUCUACCUGUCCCGUGAUCAGAGUGGAGGCAGUGAGGUGUCCUUUGGCGGAGUGGACCCCAACAAGUACCAGGGCCAGAUCUACUGGACUCCAGUUACCUCAGAGUCCUACUGGCAGAUCGGCAUUCAGGGAUUCCAGGUGAACAACCAGGCCACCGGCUGGUGCUCUCAGGGCUGCCAGGCCAUCGUGGACACCGGCACCUCCAUGCUGACGGCCCCCCGCCAGUUCAUUAGCCAACUGAUGCAGGGCAUCGGAGCUCAGCAGGGCCAGAAUGGACAGGCUAUGGUUGACUGCAGCCAGAUCAACAGCCUCCCCACCCUGACCUUCACCAUCAACGGAGUGGACUUCCCUCUGCCUCCUUCCACCUACAUUACCCAGAAUGGAUAUGGAUGCAGCGUUGGCAUCACCCCCACCUACCUGCCCUCUCAGGAUGGACAGCCCCUGUGGAUUCUGGGAGAUGUAUUCCUCAGGGCGUACUACUCUGUGUAUGACCGCACCAACAACCGCGUGGGCUUUGCCACUGCUGCCUAAACUCAACCACUCAACCUUCGGAUUGGGAGAGAAGACUACAACAUCCAUCUACCCUGACACUUCACUCAAGCCAUCUCACAUUUCAAUGUCCACCAAUAUCUCCAUGGAAACGCUGUUGUUAUGACGUUUACAUCUCACAGUGGUCCCCAUGGCAGGCACAGUAGAGUGUGGUGUUGGCAGAGGGAAUAUGGAAGAACCUUGUUUCUAUUCGGAAAAUCAAUUUGCAUUUGCUAUGCCUGUUCCCAGGCCACAGAUCUGAUAGCACAUCUUCUGUUACUAGUGAAAGCUACUUAGCUAUUCAGUAUCUUUAGUAGCACAAUCUGUGAGCUUUUGCUGAUAAUGUUCCAAUUAUUCCUUAGUUAAAUGUGAUUUAGUUUAAAAGGAUGUAAGUAUUCUGUCCAAUAAAUGUUUUAAAGAAAUGGACUUCUGUAUGAG